CAGAACCACAGCAAACCCGGCCACAGCGUGGUGGAGACCUGGUCUGGGAGCCCGACUCCCCUCUACGCCCACAACCACAAGCUCACGGCCGUGGAGCAAGGGAGGAGCUUCCCGCUUGUCACCUCAGACUCCAAGGAGGAGGGCCUGGAAGCCCAGAUCAGCAGGUUGGCGGGGCUGAUAGGACGGCUGGAGAGCAAGACCCUUUGGUUUGACCUCCAGCAGCAUCUCUCGGAUGAAGAAGGCACCAACAUGCGUCUGCAGCUGGUCCGGCAGGAGAUGGCCGUGUGCCCUGAGCAGCUGGCCGAGUUCCUGGACUCCCUGCGUCAGUACCUGAGGGGCACCGCCGGAGCCAGGAACUGCUUCCACAUCGCUGCCGUGAGGCUGGCGGACGGCGUCACCUUCGUGGUCUACGAGUUCUGGGAGACGGAAGAGGAGUGGAAGAUGCACCUGCAGAGCCCCGUGUGCAAGGCCUUCCGGCACGUCAAGGUGGACACGCUGAGCCAGCCCGAGGCCCUCUCCCGGAUCUCCGUGCCAGCUGCCUGGUGCACCCUGGGGCGCGCCUGAGCCCCUGCGCAGGAGCCUGCAGCCUCUGCUGAAGGACGUCCACUCUCUUCUAGAAACUGUGGUAUACGAGCUGUCUUUUCAAUAUACUGCCCGAUAAGAAGGUCUUUUCCUGCUGUUUGAAGUGAAGGCCCUGCCCCGGCACCGCCCCCCCCCAUUUCCCCCCCCCCACCCCGCUGUGGACA